AUGCGUUUCUCCUUCGCCGCUGCUGUUGCCGCCCUGGCUGCUGGUGCUGUUGCCAGCGAGGCCGUCACUACUGAGACCGUCACCGCUUACACCACCUACUGCCCUGAGGCUACCUCCAUCGUUUACGGUGGUUCUACCUACAGCGUCUCUACUCCCGGCCACAUCACCCUGACUGGCUCAUUCACCGUCACUCGCCCUCUGGUCACCCAGACCGUGACCCAGUGCAACAAGUGCUCCUCCUCCACCCCUCUCCCCACCACCCCCGUCGUCUCCCCCAGCACCGCUCCCUCCUCCACCCCUCUGGUUCCCUCCGGCGCUGCUGCCACCGGCUCCGCUGCCUCCACUCCCGCCUUCAACGCCGGUGCCAUCAACGCCGCCGCCGGCGCUGGUGCCGGCCUGGCCGCCGUCUUCGGUGCCGUCGCCCUCCUGCUGUAA